AUGCCUCGCAAAGCUAUUGAUGCCAGGAUACCAGCUCUUAUUCGAAAUGGUAUCCAAGAGAAGAAGCGCAGCUUCAUCGUCGUCGUUGGCGACCGGGCCAAAGAUGUCAUUGUACAUCUGCACUAUAUCAUGUCCAGCGUCGAUGUGAAGCAGAACAAGUCGGUGCUCUGGGCAUACAAGAAAGAUUUACUUGGGUUCACAUCUCAUCGAAAGAAGCGCGAGACCAAAAUCCGCAAGGAGAUCAAACGAGGUGUUCGAGAAGCCAAUGCUGAGGAUCCUUUCGAGCUCUUCGUUACUUUGAACAAUAUCCGAUAUGUCUACUAUAAAGAGACGGAGAAGAUCUUGGGAAAUACCUAUGGCAUGUGUAUUCUGCAAGAUUUCGAGGCACUCACUCCAAACUUGCUCGCCAGGACAAUCGAGACGGUCGAAGGUGGAGGUCUGGUCUUGCUUCUACUGAAAGGCAUGAAGAGUCUGAAACAAUUAUACACAAUGUCCAUGGAUGUACAUUCGAGGUAUCGCACGGAAGCGCACGACGAUGUUGUCGCUCGCUUCAACGAGCGCUUCAUUCUGUCGCUUGGAAGUUGCGAGUCGUGUUUGGUCAUUGAUGAUGAGCUCAACGUCCUACCUAUAUCUGGAGGAAAAACUGUCCAACAACUGCCACCUCUUUCAAACAACGACAAGGAAUUAGAUCCCAAGAGAGCUGAAUUGAAAGAGGUAAAGGAGUCUCUGGCAGACCAACGCCCAGUUGGCCCUCUAUUGGCUCUUUCGAGGACCGUUGAUCAAGCCAAAGCACUCCUCACCUUUGUUGAUGCUAUAUCUGAAAAGACAUUGAAGAGUACAGUCACCCUGACAGCUGCUCGUGGAAGAGGUAAAUCUGCUGCGCUCGGUGUUGCAGUUGCUGCUGCAGUCGCGCAUGGUUAUAGCAAUAUCUUUAUCACCGCUCCCAGCCCUGAAAAUCUGAAAACCUUUUUCGAAUUCGUAGUCAGAGGUUUCGAUGCUCUCGACUACACCGACCACAUUGAUUACACUAUCCUCCAAUCUACAAAUCCAGACUACAACAAAGCUGUCGUUCGUAUCAAUAUUCACAGACAACAUCGUCAGACCAUACAAUAUAUACAACCUCAGGAUGCACAUGUCCUUGGUCAAGCUGAGCUUGUGGUCAUUGACGAAGCUGCUGCUAUCCCCUUGCCUUUGGUCAGGAAACUCAUGGGCCCCUAUCUUGUUUUCAUGGCUUCCACUAUCAACGGCUACGAAGGAACUGGACGUUCACUGUCACUGAAAUUGAUCCAGCAAUUGCGCGAGCAGUCUCGAGGUGGUGCUAAAUCGAACCAAGAAGAGGCUGUCGAGAAGGACAACGGCGAUUCAAAAACGAUACGAUCCAGCAGGUCAUUGAGAGAGAUCACUCUGUCGGAGCCAAUACGGUAUGCACAAGGCGAUGCUGUCGAGAAAUGGCUGAACCGAUUACUGUGUCUCGACGCAACUCUGCCAAAAGCAAAGACCAACAUACAAGGCACACCUCACCCCUCGCAAUUGUCUGAGAAGUUCCUACAGCAGAUGAUGGCUUUGUAUGUCGCCAGUCACUACAAGAACAGCCCAAAUGACUUACAACUUAUGUCUGACGCUCCCGCACACCAACUCUUCGUACUGAUCCCACCUGUUGCCGAAGGUGCGACAAGUCUACCAGAACCACUCUGUGUUAUUCAGGUCGCCUUGGAGGGUCGUAUCUCUCGACAGUCCGUUAUGAACAGUUUGAGUCGUGGACAAAGAGCAGGUGGUGAUCUCAUACCCUGGCUCGUAAGCCAACAGUUCCAGGACAGUGAAUUCGCUGGUUUAUCAGGGUCGAGAGUCGUGCGUAUAGCCACGAAUCCUGAGUAUCUAAAAAUGGGCUACGGCAGCCGUGCACUUGAGUUGCUAGCUGAUUUCUACCAAGGCAAAUUUGCAUCGCUUUCCGAAGAAGAGAACACAAAUACUGUACAGGAUAGCGAACAUAUGCCACGAGUCACGGAUGCGGAGCUAGACUCAACAUCCUUGUUAGCAGAUGAUAUUCAAGUACGCAACAUCAAUUCUAUGCCGCCUCUGUUCUCUCGUCUCAGCGAGCGUGCUCCUGAUGCUCUUGACUAUCUCGGUGUUUCUUACGGCCUCACACAACAACUCCAUAGAUUCUGGAAGCGUCACAGCUUCGCACCUGUUUAUCUGAGGCAGACGCCAAACGAUUUGACCGGCGAACACUCCUGUGUAAUGCUUCGUCCCUUACAUGGUUCUUCUUCUGGCAAUGUUGAUCCGAGCUGGCUCAGUGCUUAUGCUUCCGACUUUCACAGACGUUUCCUAAGUCUUCUUAGCUACCAGUUUCGCGCCUUUGCUGCUGUACAGUCGCUUUCAAUCUCUGAGUCGGCUUCGGCGCCCUCAAAACAGCAAAAUAUUUCUCAGGCAGCACUGUCGAAACCUCUCACCAAGGCAGAUCUCGAUAGCCUCUUUUCGCCUCACGAUCUUGCACGACUUGACUCUUAUGCGAGCAACAUGCUCGACUACCACGUAAUCCUUGAUCUCCUACCUAGCAUCGCACAGCUCUUCUUCACAAACAGACUCCCACAAGUCUCACUGUCUGGUGUCCAGCAAGCUAUUCUGCUCGCCAUUGGCCUACAGCGGAAGGAUAUCAGUGAUGUUGAGAAAGAGCUGGAUGUACAGAGUAACCAGCUUUUGGCAAUGUUCAUCAAAGUUGUCCGCAAAAUCAGUACCGCCUUCAGAGCUGUUCUUGAGCAAGACAUUACGAAGGACAUACCAUCCGAGUCAAAUGAUCGGCCGUCAAUACCACGGUCCUCCAACCUGGGCUCGAGAAUAACCACGGCAUCGUCCACAUCACAAUCAAAGACGAAUGGUAGCUCGACAGAUGCCUAUGCUGACCACGAUGACGUAGAAGACGACAUCGAUCCGAAUAUACGUGCCAAGCAGCGAGAAUUGAUUAAUGCCCUCCCUUUAGAGAGAUAUGAGCUCGAUGGUCUUGAAGACACACAAGAGAAAGACGACGAUGCAAGAUGGGCAGAAGCAGAGCGCCAGAUUCGAGAAGGUGGAACAAGCACUGUCUCAGUAAAGAGUUCAAAGAAGAGGAAAGCCGAUGCAGAGGACGAGCAAAACGGAGAUGGUGAAACAGAUAAGAAGAAGAAAGACAAGUCGAAGCACAAGGACGGACACAGGAGUAAGAAAGAGAAGCGGAAGGUUUAA